CUUCAACCCAAGACGACACCGUCAUGUUGGCUGCCCGCACCGUUGCGCGCCGUGCUCUCCGCGCUCCACGUCAUCUUGGCUCGAACUGGCUAAGCUUGCAGGCAGCCCUUGCAGAAGCAGACCAGCGCUUAACAGUCGACCUCGCGGCCCUCGACCAACCCGAGCUGCUCCGCGCCAACAUCACAAAGGCGUUGAACACCAUUGUACCAGGCUGGGAACAGGCAGCACCAAAGGAUGUCGUGCUGACGCACCUCAGCGGGGCCAUGACCAACGUCAUCUUCACGUGCACGAAGCCAACACCAGUCAACUCAAAAGUGCUUCUCCGCGUCUAUGGCGCGGGCACCGACAGCUUCUUUGAGCGAAACGAAGAGAUGCAAGUCUUCCAACAGCUCGCGCGCUACGAGCUCGGAGUCGGGCUCCUCGGCGAGUUUGACAAUGGCCGCGUCGAGACCAUGAUCGACGGCGCCACGUGCACGGCCGCCGACAUCCGCGACCCGCUCAUCUCGACCAAGAUUGCGCGCAAGCUCCGCGCCUUCCACGACGUCAACGCGACGCAGUCGACGAUCGACUUUGACUUUGAAGCGUACGCCAAGUGUCGCUGGGCGGCGUUCCACAGCCAGCACCAAAACAACAUUGUUUAG